CUAUUGUAGUUGGCACAGGAAACACUGAACAGCAGGGGACAUAACUGUGCAACUUCCGGUUAGGAGUAACGAGGUCAAUAAUAACAUCAUCAGUCAUGGCCGCAGAAAGAAGGAAAAACCGACGAAAAUUAGAUGAGAGUGAAGUCAAACCAACUAAAGAGGAGUAUGCUGUGGCAAGAUUUCUUAGAUUCAAUGUACCUACACGAGAAGGAAAACUUCUCAGCAUGGAAGUGCAUUGUUUUUUUGCCACAGCAGCAGUAGAUGCCCUCCUAGAGUCCAAAUGGUCAGCAUCCAGAAAUCCUCGUGAUGCACUGUUUCACAAUAGAAAUUCCUGUGUCAGCUAUCUUCAAAGGUUGCUGCAGAAAGGGCUCUUCCAUCGUGCAGACAAAAUCCAGCGCCGCAGAGAAAAAGAUAAGGGCGAUAAGUCUCAGAAAAAGAAAAUAAAAGAUGCCUCUGAAAAGGAGGAUACCGGAACAGGAGAUGACAUCAGAGAGAGAAAGAGCAAGAAGGAUAAGAAAAGCAAAAAAGAGAAGGAUGAAGGGGAGGCAGCCAAACUAGAACUAGUGGAGAAGGAAGAAGAAAAGAAGGAAGAGAAAAAAGAAGAGAAGAAGGAGGAAGGAAAGAAGAAGAAAGAAAAAAGACUAAAGCUUGUAAUGUCUGAUGAUCAAAGAUUUCUGGAUGGUGAAGAGAACAUUUAUGUUUGGAUUUAUGACCCAGAAUGCCAAACAUUCAUCAUUGGCUUUUUGAUAGUCUUGGGAGCCAUUGCUCUGUGUCUGUUCCCGCUGUGGCCAGAGGAGGUGCGGGUUGGUGUCUAUUAUCUCAGUCUGGCAGCUGCUGGCUUUGUGGGCUUCAUUUUGUCCCUGGUUGUCAUACGCCUCAUCCUUUUCUGUAUCAUCUGGGUAUUGACAAUGGGGAAGCAUCACUUCUGGCUUCUUCCAAACCUCACAGAAGAUGUAGGAUUCUUGGAAUCUUUUCGACCCCUUUACAAACAUGAAUCAAAAAUAAAGGACUCCAGCAGCGGUAAAGAAAAGCCUACGAAGUCCUCAAAGAAAUCAUCGAAAGGAUCAUCCAGGGUUGCAGUCAAAGAGAAAGAUAAGUCCAGCGACAAGGAGGAAUCUGGCAGCGAGCAGGAGGAGUUUGAGAUGAUUGACAGCGGCGAUGUGGAAGAUGGAGAAGAAGAUGGUGAAGACCAAGAGAAUGAGGAAAGUCAGGGUGAUGUCGGCGAGGAUGGAGACCAUGGAGAGGAGGAAGAUUAUGGUCCAGAGGAGGAAGAAGAGGAGGAGGAGGAGCAAAAUGGAUCUGCUGAGGGGGAUUGACUGAAAAGGGAUCACAAUGUAAGAGAGAAUGAGGAUGAUGAUUAGCACAAUGAGAGGAAUAAAUAAGGUGUGUGUGUUGGGGGGGAGGGGAACCAUGAGCCAUUGUUGCUAAGAAUCACAAGUCAAAGUGCAGUAGGUCAACGUUAAACCUAUGCUGUACCUAACCAUAGGUACUAAGCUAAUAAUGUCAAACUAGAGAUGUCUGCAGAUAAAAUUUGUUGGUCAUGAUUUAAGACUGAAAUAGAUUUUGAAAAAAAGCACAUUUCAGAGUAGGUGGAAAUCUUCUUGUAAAGAGGUUGCAGAAAAAGGUAUUUUAAGAUGCAAGCGAUGUAAGAAGCCUCACUACAUGAGAGAGAUGUGUUUUUUUUACUUAAUUUGUGAGUCCACAUUUUAAAUUUCUGGGUGUUAUCUGCAAUCACUAAUUGACAAGGAGUGGAGUUGUUACCACCAUUUUGAAAUCAGGAAAACGUUGGCAGUUCUGAUUGGAUUGUCAGUUCGCUCAACUCACACCCUGCAAUCUUACUGCUGCACUUAGUUCAUGAUUGGAGAAUAUGGUUUAUAGUUUUUGUGCAUUAUUACUCUGGGUGAUGUUGGUAACUUACUGUAACAAUCAUCUGCUAAUAAACUGGGUUGAGAAGGAUGCAUACUUGACAGAAGACCAGCAAACUUUGGGCAAAAAUGGGAACAUCUUGCAUUUUAUUUUUGCAAUAAAUUAUUCAUAUGCUUGCAACAUGUGGCAGUGUAGGUCAGCUAGACAGCUGACUUAAACUAGACAUAGACUUAAAAGGUGACAGCCUGAAUUGUGGUGAUAAUAAAUCUGUGUAUAAAAAAACUGAUUUUAAAGUCCAUUAAAGAUGUGGAUCACCAACAUUAUGUUUUUACAGGAAAUUAUCAUACUUUAUAUUUUGAAAUAUUUGCACAGUAAAAAAACAAACUGCUUAGUUAAAA